AUGUAUUCCCAACUCCUCUCCCAGGCACCUCUCGUCCUCGGGUUCCUAGGUGUCAUCGUUGCUGCAGUCCCUGACUGCAAAAACACCAACAUCUAUUUGCUUGAGGAGAAGGACCGUUUUCCAGCUCUCCAUCAAGCCGACUGGAUCUGCCCAACUGGAAUCCCCAAGCCUCGCUACCAUAACGGUAAAUGGCCUACGCCCGAGCAGGAAGCUCACGCCAAAGCCCUCAUCGGCCCUGUCUCCAAGACAGAUGCUUGCGGCUGGAAGGCUGACGGCCACAUCUGCAAAGCCACUCAGAACACUGGUAUCACCCUCGACCUCGUCGCUGCGAGACCUCUCACCAUCAAGGUCAAGAUCAACAACUAUGACGCCUACCCGAUCACCUUUUGGAAGAAAUACUCUCCUCUCAGUGAAUCUGCUUUCGAGCAGGGUUACUUCAAGAUCUCCCAAGGUGAACAGUUCGUCGUCACUCACGCACCCCAACCAGAGGGGUAUCGACCGGAUGAUCCAACUGAGCUUGCUGUGAUCAAUCCUUGCGAGGCGUUGGAGCAAGACAUCUUCCUGACAGAUCCGAACCAUGCUUGGCAUCACAUGGUGAAGAACGGUGGUGACAUUAAGAUCAGUAUGUCUGGAAGGUGGAAUGGCUUUUGGGCAACAAGCGCCCCUGAGGUUAUGAAGAGUGAUCUAGGUUAUUCCUGCAAAGGUAUCUGGAACAGUCUGGGUAUGACUUGGUCUGCACGGAAUACCUUGACACUGCGCUUUCCCCAGGACCACUACGUCUCCUCUGAGCCGACAGAUAACUGGGAAUACGAUACGGUAAAGGCAUCGGCUGAAGCUCCUAAGCCACAUGUCUCUGAAAACCCAGAGGAUGAGGCUGAGCCUGAAAAGAGUUCAGCUAGUGGGCAGCUAGCUACUGAGUCGCCGGAAUCUGUCAUUCCAGAAAACGAAGCCGAGCCUGAAACGAGCUCAGCUAAUGAACCUUCAUCUAGCGAGUCGCCAACCACUGAGCCACCAACAACUGAACCAUCAGCAUCUGUCAGUCCAGAGUGGCCAGCUACUGAGGAAGCGAGUACGGCAGAGGCCUCGACUACGCCUGCAUCAUCUGCCACUCCAGAGGAGGAAGCUGAGGAGGAAACAGAGGCGACAGCUGCCACGCCAACCUGGGCAACAAUGGCCUCUACAACUGCUCAGCCAGUAUUUUCCCGUUCAGCGGAAGGGGCUAGAGGCAGAUCGGGUUGUAGA